AUGGUUAGAAGUAGAAGAAAUUCUUUGGUCCGGGAUAUUGCGUCACAUCCGAUCACAUCAGACGCUCCGACCAUUGUGGGCUUACUAGACGAUUCGUAUCUAUUUGAUAAGCUUAAGAAACUAUCCUUAGCUGUGGAGAGUUCUGAUAGUUUGAAGAGUGGUGAUGGUUCAGAAAGCGGUUCUGGUAUUUAUGAGUCUGAGGCCACAUCUGCUGUGAAUAUGAAUAAGACGGACAAGUACUCGUAUUAUAACAGCUAUUUGGACCAGUUAAACGCUAAGAUAUGCGAAUAUAAGGUCGUUCUCGAUCAAACACGCCAAGUCAAUGAUCAAUUGAAUGAUUCCAUCGAAAAAUUCAAGGAAAUCUCGCAGGAGACGGGGGCUUUCAUUGAUGAAACGAAGACAAUCUACACAGAGCAGUCUCGGCUAAGCAAACUUACUGAAUCGAUUCCCAGGACCCUACAUUAUUUUGAAGUACUGGAUCCUAUCAUGCGCCGAUUGAAUCAUGCUAGUUCUCCUUCUAUUGUCAAGAAAGGUUCUUUCUCAACGAUGUUGGCGACUAUCGAUGAAUCUUUGCAAUUCCUAGAUGACAAUGGCGAGCUUAAAGAUGCCGCGGCGUAUAGAAUCAAGUUCAAGCAAUGCUUGAUCAGAGCCUGUGAACUGAUAUCCCAUUUUUUGCAUAACCUGUUGAAACAAACAAAUCAGGAAAUUUUGGAUAAAACCAAAAAUAAGAACUUGUUAGUGGGAUUACCAUCAAGUACAAGAGACGCUUUCUUGUAUAGUAAAUUCUCUACUAUAAGUGAUACUUUCAAAACGCAGGUGUCGGAAAUUGUCAAGAGAAGCAACGAUAAGGCUUAUUAUAAAUACCACGAUGAAUUGAAUUCCAUUCUAUAUGAGUGUUUCAAUCAGUAUUUUCAAACACGUUUGAAAUUAUUAACCCCGGUCAUUUGGUCACAUAUUGACGAAAUUAGUGUUAAAGAUAAGGACCAAGAUCUGGUUAAAUUUAUUCAAGAUGGUAAAACUUACUUUCAGCAGUUAUGUGCGAAUGAGUAUAAGCUUUUUAUUGAAUUUUUCCCUGAAAAAGAAUGUCGUUUCAAGAUUAACCAGUGGUUCUUACAACUAUGUGAACCACUUUAUGACUCUAUAAGAAUUAAAGUUCUGAAAGAGACAGAUAUUUCCACUUUGUGUGACUCAGUAACUUUGUUUGCACCAUACUAUGAAUUUGAAGAAGGUUCUGAAGAAUACUUGAAGCAAUUUACUGAUAUUCAGUACGAUAAAUUGUUCGAACCUAUUGUCCAAAAGCUGCAAGCUAGAUUGAUCUUACGAGUUCAAAUUUAUGUUCAACAAAAUAUUCUAAGCUAUAAGCCAACAAAAGAUGUCUUCAUGAUAUCAAAUAGAAGAGGAAGACCGAAGACCAGCACGAACGGUGAUAAUAAAAAUACUGUUGCUACUAGAAACGGUUCGGAUUCCUUGUUAGAAUCGUAUUUAGCAUCAUUCAAAAAUAGAGACAUGUUGUCCACUUACUCCAAUGAUACAAAUGAUACAUAUACUAAUUUAGAAAAUUCUUCUUAUAAAUUUUCUCAAUUGCAGACGUAUUAUCCGCCCUUGUUAAAGACCUUAGCUUUGUUAUCCAAAAUAUAUGAAAUGAUUAAUUCCGUGGUAUUUGAUGAUUUGGCCCACCAUAUUGUCCAUGAUUGUAUCAUAUCCUUGAGAAAUGCUUAUGACAUGGUAAUGAAAACAUCAGCGGGUAAAUCCGAUAUUAACAACUUGGAUGUUUCAUUGGCGUACUUGAAAAACCUAUUGAUGUUACGAGACUCCAUACAGAACUUCAAUAUUCAAUAUACAGUUAAUGAAACUUAUUUGGAUUUUUCUGGUGUUGAAUGGUUCUUCAAAUCACUCAAAGAAAAUGGUAGAAACGUCUUGAAGAAAACAAAAUCAUCUUCAAUAUUGACAUUGGCAAGAGAACUGGUUCCCAAAGUGGUAAACAAUAUGGUAGAUGCACGUACCGAACUAAUAUCUGAGUUAAGAAACGUCAUUAAGGAUUUUACUGAGAAUACUUCUUUGGAACUUAUUGAUAAUACUUUAGAUAUUAAGAAUGAUGAGGACUUAUUGGCCAAAAACUUAAAACUAAGAGGAAAUAUAAAGGCCAGAUUACCGAGAAUAUAUGAACAGAUACUGAACUAUAUCGACGAUCAAGAAAUUGUUAUCAACCUGUUGGAUGCGGUGCAGGAGUUAAUUACGCAAUCCUAUGCAAAAUAUUACGAAGCUAUAACUGAAUUGGCAGAAAACGAAAAGUUGGCUAGAAACAAAGUUGCUGAUAUUAUGUAUUUGGACGUCUUCACAGACUUUUUUGCCAAAGAAGUUGCAGAUCUUUUAAGAAAUGGUAGAAUAGAUAUUGAAACAAAAUAG